AGUUUUGAGGACCAGCUGUCAAAUGUUGAAUUAACACCAAGUCCCUCAGUCUGUAUUUCACCAAAAGCUUCUGCCUCAAACAGCCCAGUUUCAUCUUUGACGACUUUACAACCACAAAAGAGGCUAAACCAAUUGCAAAAGCCGGCUAAUGAAAGAGAGUCCACAAUGCUAAUUGGAUCCCCAAGCCGUGGAGUGUAUGUGGCAAAGAAAAACGUCAUUAGGGAAUCGCGCCUGUAGAAACGCGUAGCGAGUAAAUGUAGCUUCUAUUAUAUGUAGGUGGAAAUUGGUGAAACAUCGUUAUUGUUUUGGAGACAAUAGAAGAACAAAAGAAAACAGAAACAUCAAGUUAUGCCGUCUUAAAGCGUUUUGCGUGACUUUAAUCAGUUGCAGCAUUUCUCGUAACUUUGCCGCAUUAAGACGUUGGAAUGAAACGUCUGAAGCUUAGCUUUUAAAAUCUUGAUAGCCAAAAUAAAAAGGGUGCCCAAAAAGGCAAGCAUCUGGGAAUUCAAAAUCGACAUUUUUGUCUCCAGCAAAAUCCGGCGGAUGAACAGCAAUUUGCAUGUAAGCAUAAGUGAAGCGAAAUAGAUACAAACUGCCAUCAUUGUAAACACAACAUUUCCUCGACAUUUUUUCCUUUUGAAAGCGUAAAUUCGCAUGAAAGAAGUCAGCUUGCACAAAAUAAUAUAAAAUGAAACGAAGCGAAUCGAAAAGUGGUAAAAAUAAAGUCAGGAUAUUUCAAUUCGAUGGAAAGUAAGUGAUUGGGUAGGUGAUUUGCAUACUGAUAAAAACAAUUUCUAGCGCAGUUCAAAACCGUUCGACUUCCUGAAUUGUUUUUCUGGAAUUCUAUACAUUCUGUUGGCCUAAAUCGUUAAAAUAUCUUAUAAAGUCAAAACAUUUAUCAACUUGAGUGUUUGCAUUUCCUUAUAAAACAGAGAGUAGCGCAAAAGCUUCUAUGUAUUGAUUUUCUUAAGUUAAAUUACCUUUGUAUCGUGGAAACAAUACGCUAACACUUGACUCUUGAUUCAAAGGACGCGACAUGCGUCGGCUUCCUUUGUGAGCGCGCAAAUAGUCGUGGGACCCGCGAUUUUGAGGGCGACGCGGAAAAACAGGCGCUGUUCCGUAAUGUGGACCAAAUCUCAAAGAGCAGCCAAAAAUGAUUUGUCCUUAAACUUUUCGAACUUGUCUUCAGCAGGGAAGAAGCAAAGCUGGGCAGUGUUGAAGGCAAGGGUUAUAAACUUCUCAAACUGGACCCAAACCGAAUGGCAGCAGUGAGAGAAUGUACAGAGAUGUCGUUCCCUCCAGACGAAAAUCUCAAGUGGACAGAGAUUAAAAAAUCUAUAGAUGAGAAAUGUAAAAUG